AUGAAUACUUUUCGCAUCAAUCAAAACAAAAAGUUCUGUUCCUAUCACAAGUGUGGCAAUAACUCGUUUGCCAAUCCAGCGGUUACGUUUUUCUCGUUCCCCAAACAACCAGAGCGGUGCGAAACAUGGAUAAAGGCGGCAGGCGUCCCGCGCCACUUAGCGGACAACAGGAUGUAUCGAUUCCUUUGUGAACGACAUUUUUCCAGUAUUUACUUCGUCCGCAGCCAAAGACGCACGUUAUUGCUGGGAGGUGCUGUGCCCUUUUCGUUCAAAGAACCCAGUGAGGAACCGGAGAAGAAUGAGAUGCUGGAAAUAGUCGAAGACAUCACCGAGGAAAUGAUUGAUUCCGAGGAUCUUCCUGAAGAGUUUCUCGAUGAUAAGGACUCGACAGAUGAUCAGGACGCAGUUGGCACCUUAACAAUAGAUCAACCAACCGAACCAACUCUUUCGAUCGCCACUGUGGAAACUAUUAACAAUGCGGGUGAAUUAAACAGUAAACCCUCCACGUCCCGGUUCGAUUACAGCCGUAAGCGUAAACAUGUGGCUGCUAAAAUAGCGGGAAUGAAGGUGAAGCUGUUGAAUACAACUAGCUCCCCCAAAACGCUCAACACGGAGGCAAAUAUCAAAACGGUGCAGUUGGACGGUAAAAGCGUCCGACUCGUCCCAGUUCAAACUGGCAAUAAUGCACUGCAACAAAUGCUACGACUAACACCCGUCGGCGAGAAGGAAAAUGCUACUGCGGAAGAACCACCGAAAGAAGUGUUCAGGGCGGCUCUCAAAUCGCCCGUUUCAUCGUCCACCAAUGCAAUCGAAAUCAUUGAACAGAAUGAAGACACGUCGACAUCCAAAAGCAGUGACGAUAUGGUGUUGGAAAAGGAUGAUAAAAUCAGUGAGUUCAUCUUCAAAGGCGAGGAGUACGUGCAGAUGCCGAAAGAGCACUAUCUUAAGAAAAUUAACAAAUUGAAGCGGAGUCUGGCUUUUUUCGAAAACAUCGUACGAAACAUGCGAGAUGUACUGGAUCAUGCGGACCCAUCCAGCUUGUUAGAUUGA